AUGCCGGUUCAUCACCACCACCACACCCACCACGUGUCUCUUCAGAAGAUUAAAAAAAUCUUCUCGAAGCACUCGUCGCAUGGAAAGAAGCUGACCCGUGACGAGGCUCGUUCGGCUCUUCAUGAUAUAGAGCAUUUGGCAAAAGAGCUCCAUUUCCAGAAGGUUUUCGACCAUCAUGCUCACGAUGGACAUAUUUCAUUGAAAUCAUUCCUCCAAUUCAUCGCUCCUCAUCAUGGCCAUCAUACCCAUCAUCAUGGCCAUCCAGGCCAUCACGAGGUCCAUCAUCACCAUCAUCACGUGGCCGCCAAAGAUUCCAGCUCUUCUAGCUCAAGCAGCUCCAGCUCUUCUAGCAGCUCAAGCUCCAGCUCCUCCAGCUCUUCUGAAUCCGAGGAUGAGAAGCAUCAUAAGAAGCAUGCCAAGAAGCAUCUGAAGAAGCAUCAUAAAAAGGUCGAAUCCAGCUCUUCCAGCUCGUCUAGCAGCUCCAGCAGCUCAAGCUCUUCAUCUUCAAGCUCCUCUAGCUCGGAAUCUGAGGAUGAGAAGCACCACCAUAAGAAGAACACCAAGAAACACCUCAAGAAGCAUCACAAGAAGGCUGAAUCCUCUUCCAGCUCCUCCUCUUCCUCUAGCAGCUCCAGCUCCUCCAGCUCGAGCUCAUCGUCUUCUUCCUCGGAAUCUGAAGACGAGAAGAAGAAGAAGGUGCACAAGAAGCAUCACAAGAAGGUCGAAUCGUCUUCUUCCAGCUCUUCCAGCUCCUCCAGCUCCUCCAGCUCGUCUAGCAGCUCCUCCAGCUCUUCGGAGUCCGAGGACGAGAAGCAUCAUCACAAGAAACACGCUAAGAAGCAUCUGAAGAAGAAGCAUCACAAGAAGGUCGAGUCGUCCAGCUCGUCCAGCUCGUCCAGCUCGUCUAGCUCCAGCUCUUCUUCCAGCUCCUCCAGCUCCUCAUCUUCCGAGUCUGAGGAUGAGAAGAAGCAUCAUAAGAAGCACGCCAAGAAGCAUCUGAAGAAGAAGCAUCACAAGAAGGCUGCCUCGUCGUCUAGCAGCUCAUCUAGCUCCAGCUCCAGCUCUUCUAGCAGUUCCAGCUCUUCUUCUAGCUCGUCAUCCGAGUCCGAGGACGAGAAGAAGCAUCAUGGACAUCAUGAGCACAAGGAAGGACACCAUGCCCCACAUCAUGAGCAGCAUGCCCAUGGCGAACACCAUCAUGCCCCACACCAUGAGCAUGGUACCCACCAUGGAGAACACCAUGGACACCAUGAGCACAAGGAUGGUCACCAUGCCCCACACCAUGAGCAUGGUACCCAUCAUGGCUACCACGAGUCCCAUGGAACCCAUGGACAUCAUUCUCCAGCCCAUCAUGGAGAACACCAUGGACACCAUGAGCACGGCACCCAUCAUGCCCAUCAUUCUCCAGCCCACCACGGACACCAUGCCCAUGAAGAACACAAGGGUGGACAUCAUGCCCCUCACCAUGAGCAUGGUACCCACAAUGAAGAACACCAUGGACAUCACGAGCACAAGGAGGGACAUCAUGCCCCACACCAUGAGCACGGUACCCAUCAUGGCCACCACGAGUCCCAUGGAACCCAUGGACACCAUGCCCACCAUUCUCCAGCCCAUCAUGGAGAACACCAUGGACACCAUGCUCCGCACCAUGAGCAUGGGACCCACCACGGGCACCAUGGGGAACACCACCAUGCCCCAGCGCACCAUGGACACCAUGCCCCACACCAUGAGCAUGGGACCCACCACACCCACCAUGAGUCUCACGGAACCCAUGGACACCACGCUCCAGCCCACCAUGGACACCGUGACGGACAUCACGGAGUUCACCACGAGCAUGGACACCAUGCCCAUCAUUCUCCAGCCCACCAUGGUCACCAUGGAGAACACCACGGACAUCAUGCCCCAGCCCACCAUGGACACCAUACCGAACACCAUGGACACCACCAUGCCCCAGCGAACCAUGGACACCAUACCGGACACCAUGCCCCUGCCCAUCACCACACCUCGACACACCACGGACACCAUAGCGUCGAGCAUGGAGGUCAUCACCAUGGAGGCCAUGGACACCAUGCUCAUGGGCACCAUGAGUCCCAUGGAACCCACGGACAUCACGCUCCCCACCAUGAGCAUGGACACCAUGGGCACCAUGAGUCCCAUCACCAUGAAAAGGAAAAUGCUCAUGGACACCAUCAUGGACACCAUAAGAAGCAUUCGAAGAAGCACUCGAAGAAGGCCCAUAAGAAGCAUUAG